UGGCAAGCUAAUCUGUUAGCUGACAUUCGCUUUUGUAAUGCUAUCUGCAUUGCAAGACUAAAUGAAUCGUGCAAAGUGUGCACUGACUUUAUUUAAUGUAAAAGAGGGAAGCUUUACUAGUUUAGUUACUGCUUUGCCUGUUAUGCUCGCAUAUGGAAACAAUACUGACAUUAGUGUGGCUGAAGAAUGUACAUCGCAACCACCUUUGCUGCCUCCUUAGUGCAUCUCCAACUCCAAUGUAUGGCUAUCAUUUCCGUGGGGUGAGCUUUUAUUGCGUUCUGUCUGCAUGCACUUUGUCUUGUAGCGGCAUCUAAUGAUGAGUUUGUUUUGUCUAAUUUUCUCCUUGAUCCAGGCGGAGAUAGCACUGAACUUAAUCUACCUGCUGUACAGGAUCUAACAUUGCUUCUGCUGACUGCUUGGGAUCGGAUGGCUCUUUUUGUGGGCAAAGAGCCUGAGACUACUAUGUGCCUUUGUUAACCAGAUAUUUCUGUUAGAACUUAGAAGCAACCUGCAUAAUACGUAAGCAAAUAAGCAAUGGUAGGGUUUUGAUAUUUGCCAUUGUGGUAGGCCCAACUGCCCAAGGAUAAUGAAAUAUACAGGGCAGGGCAUGUGUUUGGCACUGGAUGGCCUGGCCUAUAGAUAGCCAUCAUGUGUUUGGUGUUGCUUGUGGCAUACUGUUCUUUUUUUCAGUUGAGAAGUUAUCGUGUGACAUGAGAAUAUUAUUGAUCUCUUUUGUGUUUGCCCCUACUGAUCUUGAUUGGUGUUCACAUGAAGGUUUUAUAUAACCCGCUUUUUCUUUCAUUCUUUCUUUCAGAACCAAGGUUUCCAAAUGUUGAAAAUAUAUAUCUGGCUGAAAUCAAUUCAAUCUUUCCAUGCGAAGUGGGCAAAAUUGGUGUUGCAGGGCAAGGGGACAAAUGUGGAUGGGAAUAAGAGCAGGAGCAAAGGGCAAAGGCAGAUAGAAAAGGCUUAUAGGCAAGGAGGAAGAACAGAGCAAGCAAGGUAUAUGCAUUCAACAACUCUUACGGGCAGCAGGUGGUAUUGGUUUCUGGAUCUACCUCAUUGGUGGUUAUGGAACACCCACAUGGGUAGAGUAAUGUAUGAUUUGGUAAUCAUCAUGAAUUUUAGUUUGUUUUUUGGUAUGGAGCAUGUUGUGCACGUAGAGCCAUCAGUAAAUACUCUAAAGAGAACAGAUAUGAUCUCUGCUGGGCAUAAAAGGAAUCCCCUAUUGCAUGACACCUGUUUUGACUUUUGACUAGCAUACAUCACAGGGAAUGGGCUUAAGCUUUUGUGAUGAGGUGAGGUGAGGGACCCAAGAAAAGGCCACUGCAAAGAGCAGAAGAAAAUCGGCCAGCUGUAUUUGCUAUGGAGCUGAAGCAGGAGCACUUGCACUGCACAUGGUAGGUUGCCUUGGGUUGAAGCCAGAGACAGAGACCUUACCUGUGUCUGUGUGGUACACAUGCGUGUAGCAUGACCGUCCAGCAAGCAAAGCAAAUGCAAAUGCAAAUGCAAAGAGUGUCACCUACUCAGCAGCUCCACUGAAUGUCCAGCGGGUGCGGUGCAGGAGUACAUUUCCUCCGUUCGCCUCCCAAGGGUCCAAGGACUUGUUGUUCAAUAUAUAUAUAUAAACCAGAAGAGAAGCUGCAGGCAGGCGUCUCCACUCCGUCUGAUCUCAGUGACCUACCUCUGUCUCCACUACAACGAGUGCAGUGUCCACCCAGCCCAGCUCUAGCCUGCUGCAGUGCAAGAGCAAGAUGGUCAGCAGAGGUGCUCGUCGGCCAUCGGCGCGGCUCCUGCUCCUCUCCCUGGGGCUUGUGCUCCUCUACUUCACCUCAGUAAGCAGCGUCGGCGUUGCUGCGGCCCAGAAAACGUGGUGCGUGGCCAAGCCGUCCGCGUCCAACGACAUCCUGUCUCUGAACCUCAACUACGCGUGCUCCCAGGUGAGCUGCGCCGUGAUCCAGAAGGGCGGACCGUGCUACUACCCGGACAACCUGGUGUCGCGUGCCGCCGUCGCCAUGAACCUCUACUACGCCUCCAAUGGCAGGCACCCCUGGAACUGCUACUUCAACAACUCGGCGCUCGUGGUGCAGUCCGAUCCCAGCUAUGGCUCCUGCACCUACUACUGAUCGAUUCGAUUAUAUAUAUAUAUAUAUAGCCCUCCCUCUCUGAUCGAAUGGAAAUCUAAUCCCUGUGUUGUGUUGCGUAAUAAUUGUGUCGCGUCGUCCUAGCAAAAGUUACUCUCCCUUGUAUUGUUCCAUUCCAUGCAUCCAGUUGAUAUGGAUGAUGUUGAGUGCGCCAUAGAGGAUAUAUAUAAGUAUCACACCAGCUUACUGCUUACGUUUGGAGAUGCAUGCAUGUGAUUGUGUGUCCAAGGACAGGGUGAUUGCAAAUGAAAGAAAAAGAGUUUUUUCCAA